GCAAGCAAAGCGGGCGGAAAGAGAGACAGACAGGGAGCAGUUUGAACCGUGUUUGAGUGCAGGCGGAAAUAUAAAAAUAACAUCGUUGUUGUCAGGAGACAGAUAAUGUAACUGCUGGAAACUCAAAUGAAAAAAAAAAUAUAUAAAAACGGAAUAUUUAAUUUAGAUUCAAACGUAAAGUAAACGUUGUUUUUACCAAAUUCGGUGACGUGAAGCCGGUUCUGGCGCUAAGUAAACCGCUCCGUCCCGCCUAGCUAACCGCUAGUUAGCCUACAAGCUAACAUUACAGCUAGCAGUGACACGGAGCGGCUAAUCUCCAACACAAAGGACGACUUUGCGUAUCUCUACCGUUGCCAUUCCGAAUCUCUCCGUUGAAUGAGGACUGAGCCUCCUGUACAGGACUGUGUGUGGCUGCAGGCUGAUCAUGGGGACGGGGAAACGCUCAGACAAGGGUCCUGCCUGCUGGAAGAGGAGGGUAAAGUCUGAAUACAUGAGGCUUCGGCAGAUGAAACGCUUUAGACGGGCAGACGAGGUCAAGAUGGAGGGCGUUGGUGAUCAGCAUCUGACCUGCAGCUGGAAAAUUGGAAUGUUCAACUCGAACCGCCAAAAAAUCAUGGAGAGAACGGAUAUUCUGAACCAGGAGUGGAAGACCAGGCGGAUCCAGCCCAUUCACAUCAUGACUCCUGUCAGCUCUCGAGGGACUCGAGAGUGCACAGUGGACAGCGGUUUCCCAGAGUUCUCCAGACAAGUCAUCCCCCUGAAGACCCUGAACGCCGUGGCUUCGGUUCCUGUCAUGUACUCGUGGUCGCCGCUGCAGCAGAACUUCAUGGUGGAAGAUGAGACGGUGCUGCAUAACAUUCCUUACAUGGGGGAUGAGAUCCUGGACCAGGACGGGACUUUCAUUGAAGAGCUCAUCAAAAACUACGAUGGCAAAGUCCAUGGUGACAGAGAGUGUGGCUUCAUCAACGAUGAGAUCUUUGUGGAGCUGGUUAACGCUCUGGUGCAGUACAGCGACAAUGAGGACGAUGAAGAGGAUGAGGAGCAGGACUACAAGGUGGACAAGAUGGAUUUGUGUGACGGCAAAGACCACACAGAGGAUCCCUGCAAAGAUGGACAUAGUAACGAGAGCCGAGCCAACAGUGACGGCAGCAAGAAGUUUCCCUCAGACAAGAUUUUUGAAGCCAUCUCCUCCAUGUUUCCUGACAAAGGCUCCCUGGAGGAGCUCAAAGAGAAGUACAAAGAGCUGACAGAGCAGCAGCUGCCCGGCGCUCUGCCGCCCGAAUGCACGCCCAACAUCGACGGGCCGAACGCUCGCUCCGUGCAGCGCGAACAGAGCCUGCACUCCUUCCACACACUGUUCUGCAGACGCUGCUUCAAAUACGACUGCUUCCUGCACCCUUUUCAUGCAACUCCAAACACAUAUAAGCGCAAGAACCUGGAGAACCUGGUGGAGAGUAAGCCCUGCGGCAUCGACUGCUACAUGUAUCUUGUUCAGGACGGGAUGUUUCGGGAGUUUCCUGCUGGUGUUGUUGCAGAGCGGGCCAAGACGCCGUCCAAACGCUCUGUGGGUCGUCGCCGCGGACGGCAGCCCAACAGCAACAGCAGCUCUCGACCCAGCACCCCCACCAUUUCCUCAGAAACCAAAGACGCCGACAGCGACCGCGAGGACGGCAAGGAAGACGAGCGAGACAACGAUAAGGACGAUGAAGACAAGAAGGACGAGACCACCAGCAGCUCAGAGGGGAACUCGCGCUGCCAGACUCCGGUGAAGAUGAAGCUGACGGGUGAAGCAGAGGCGGUGGAGUGGAGCGGCGCUGAAGCGUCUCUGUUCAGGGUUCUCAUCGGGACGUACUACGAUAACUUCUGCGCCAUCGCGCGCCUCAUUGGCACCAAGACCUGCAGACAGGUUUAUGAGUUCAGGGUCAAAGAGUCGGCCAUCAUCGCUCGAGCGCCUGCAGAAGACGAGGACACGCCCCCGAGGAAGAAGAAGAGGAAACACAGACUGUGGGCCACCCACUGCAGGAAGAUCCAGCUGAAGAAAGAUGGAUCAUCCAAUCACGUGUACAACUACCAGCCAUGUGACCACCCUCGGCAGCCCUGUGACUCCUCCUGUCCCUGCGUCACCGCCCAGAACUUCUGUGAGAAGUUCUGUCAGUGCAGCUCUGAGUGCCAGAACCGUUUCCCAGGUUGUCGGUGCAAAGCCCAGUGCAAUACCAAGCAAUGCCCGUGUUACCUGGCAGUGAGGGAGUGCGACCCGGACCUCUGUCUGACCUGCGGCGCUGCGGACCACUGGGACAGCAAGAACGUGUCCUGUAAGAACUGCUCCAUCCAGAGAGGAGCCAAGAAGCACCUGCUGCUCGCCCCCUCAGACGUGGCCGGCUGGGGCAUCUUCAUCAAAGAGCCGGUGCAGAAGAACGAGUUCAUCUCCGAGUACUGUGGAGAGAUCAUCUCGCAGGACGAGGCAGACCGCAGAGGGAAGGUCUACGACAAAUACAUGUGCAGCUUCCUCUUCAACCUCAAUAACGAUUUCGUGGUUGAUGCCACAAGGAAAGGAAACAAGAUCCGCUUCGCCAACCACUCGGUCAACCCCAACUGCUAUGCAAAGGUGAUGAUGGUGAACGGGGAUCACCGAAUCGGCAUCUUUGCCAAGAGAGCCAUCCAGACCGGAGAGGAGCUCUUCUUUGACUACAGGUACAGCCAGGCGGACGCCCUGAAGUACGUGGGGAUCGAGCGCGAGAUGGAGAUCGCCUGAUCCCGACCUCUACCUCUGUGGCUCUGCAACACAAAGAAGGCCUUAACAACAAAGCAACACAAUAACUUCAGGAAAACCAGGCUGCUUCUCCAAACUCCGCUCUUCAGGAAAACUGGGAAUAUUUGGACUCUGUGUUUCAUCAUUUUCCUCUUAAAACCCCUCUCCUCUGGGACUGCUGGACUGGUGAAUGUUCCCUCCUGUGAGGCCUUGCCUCACGGCGUAAACAUCCCCCAAAUAUUGGCACAGGAAAGACAAACUCCUCUUCAGGGACCGAAGUCCUCCAGCAGAACCGUUUGCCCUCUUUCUUCUUCUCAGAUCCGGACCGACCUCCUUCAGGUGCUAGAACCAGCACACGCUCCAGCGCCGCUGCUCGUUCAAACCAAACAGGAGCUGAAGCAGUUCUGUCAUGUUCCUCUGAUGCUUUGAUUGUCCAUCUGUCCCCACAUUGGUACUGACACUGCGUUCAGUUGGAAUCAGAUUAUUGGUGCUGGUUCUCCGCUCUGGAACCAGAUCCAGCAGGGGAAAAGAACCUGCUGGAGUGUAACAGAUCGGAAUCCUAAACUGAUUCACAUCAGGAGUCUGUUGAUUGACAAUCCAGUUUCUCUCCAUCUUCCAGAUGAUGAAAGGUUUGAUGGGAAAAAGCCGGCAUGUCCCUGUCUGCUGUGCCUCGUCUCAUGAACAAUCACCGUGUCACCUGGACUCCACCCCCCCUCGGUGCUUAGACCAGCUCACUGCCUCUUCAAGAUGUCAGCCGGGGGCUUCAGAGCAUUCCUCUUCUCUGCUCUCUGGUGCUUGUAGACCCUCUGAACCCUGACCUCUCAGCAGCACCAGCUUCAUUCUCCUGCUGAGAAACGUCUUUCUUCUUCUGCACCUGUAAUUUAUGGACUCGGUGGUGGGAGACUUCAGGGCUUCACGUGGUGCUUCUUCACCGGCAGGAUUUCUGUGUUCCUCCUUUUCCUGUCCGGUUGGUUCUCCGUGAUCGUUCUUCAGAUUGGUUGUCCGGUCACAUAGGUGCUGAUUACUGUUUACAGGGAUUUGUUUGUUCAAAGUGAUGCAGAAUAAAAUAUUGUGAAACGUUGA